AUGGUCGACAACCCAAACCCCGGUAACUUCCACAACCGACCUCACGAAGAGGUCGAGAACAUUGCUCGAAAGGGUGGACAAUCUAGCCACCACGGUGGAUUCGCUUCGAUGGAUCCCAACAAGCAGGUCAGUAAAAAAGCAGAAAGCAAUUUGAAUACAACCCAACUCACCCCACUGAAGAGGGAGAUUGCCUCGAAAGGCGGUCACGCUUCCCGUGGAAAAUUCGAGCCAGGAAGCCCGAGAGCCAAGGAAGCCGGUCGGAAAGGAGGUCGAUCCGCCCACCAGCCCGAGGAAUAA